AUGGUUUACCACGGCGGCAUGGCCAGCCCGCCACCGAGCGACGGCAUCGUGCCGGCCUCGUCUCCCACCCUCCCCUCGUCUCCGCCGUCGCGCAUUUCUCGAAAGGAAAAGAAGAAGGCCGUCUUGACACCCCGAAAGUUCCGUCGUUUCUUCACCCCGCGGGGGAUGCCCUCCCACAUCUCGCGGGAACGCCCGGCCCUCGGCGAGCUGAGCAGCCCCGCGAUCAAUGCCCAACCGACACCUCCGCGAUCCAGCCCGCAAUUCACCGAACCGAUAUCACCCGCCUCGAAUAGCAGCAGCUUGCUUUCGCCGUUUGGUAGCGAAGAUGGACAGAAGAAGCGGAAGCGGAGCGUUGUGAAUGCGAUACCCAUGAAGUUGCCACCGUCAAGUCGAAGCUCGAAUUCGAAGCGCUCGAGGACUCACACAGAAGAUCUGGAGGAGGAGGAUAUGCCUCUAGGUCGUAGUCCCCUCGCAAGGUCCCCUUUAGGGCAGAACGAGAAUGCUCCACCUGAGGACCAUAUCAUGACAUCGCCCGAGGCACACUCCCCUUCGAAUCGUCGUACGGCAGCUCUGGGAAUGAAGUACUCAGCAGGACCACAGACAUCGUCAGACGAAUUUGCCAGGAAGCUCAGUUCUCUGACGGCCAGCAACUUUGCGAACAUGGGAUACGAGGGGCUUCGGCCUCGGUCAACCUUGGUGGGUUAUGAAAGUUCUUCGAUAUGUGCCAGUGUGUCUAACCCAGGGCAGAUCGACUAUUUCAAGUGCAAUCGCGCAGGCAUUCCGUCUGCUGGCAGAGGAAAGUCUGUUGCGGCUGUUGCAAAGCUUCCUCGGCCGCCAAAGGAUGAGCCUAUUGUUCCCGAGUACCAACCACAGCCCGUAAUCAAGCUCCGCAAUCGCGGCUUUGGCGCCCAGCUUCUACUCCGUGAACAGGGUAGCACUGCUCGGCCAGGGCGUGAGCGUCUCGAGUAUCCUGCUUUUGAUGCCCCAAUGACGGCGAUUGGGGAUGAGGAGGGCUUCAUCCGCUUCUUCGACACCACGACGACCCCCUUGGGAGCAACGCCUCGAUCGAAGGUAGACAUCGUCAUCCAGGCGCACGAAAACGCCAUCAUGGACCUUGCCUUCUCUGACGACGAUCUCCGCCUUGCAAGUGCCUGCGGCGACCGCUCAGGCAAGAUAUUCGACGUCAUGUCGCAGACUGUCGCUGUCGAGCUGAAUGGCGGUCACUUCCAAUCCAUGCGCCGAGUCGAGUUUCAACCCGGCCAUGCCAACGGAAAUGUCGUGGCCACGUCAGACCGCGAUGGCAAGAUUCAGAUCUGGGACCUGCGAUGUUGCAUGGCACCAGCCAACGCCUUUUCCACCCGUGGGCCCGAAGGCAUUGUACACCGGAACAGGAACCAGCCGGCCCUGUGGGCGAGGACGGCCAACACGCUUGACAACGCUCACGCUCGCACAAUCGAGGGUGUCACAUCUCCGGCCUCCGUCACCGCGCUACAUUACAUGCCCGCAGGCCGCGAGCAUCUCCUGCUCUCCGCCUCUGAGGCAAACGCCUGCAUCAAGCUUUGGGACACUCGGUACAUCACGCCGCGCAACAAAGAGGCCUCGCCCCUUGCCGUAACCGCGGAACCGCCAACUCACCGCUGGCGGCCUUACGGCCUCACGUCUCUCGCCCUGAGCAGCGACGCAGCCCGUCUCUACGCCGUCUGCAAGGACAACACCGUUUACGCCUACUCCACCUCGCACCUGAUGCUUGGCAACGCCCCUGAACUGUCCCUCCACCCACCUCGCCAAAAAGCCGGCUCGGCAGUCCAAGGUUUGGCCCCGAUGUACGGCUUCAAACAUGACAUGUUCCACGUCAAAUCGUUCUACGUCCGCUGCGCCCUCCGCCCUGUAUCCACCUCCGGCACCGAGCUCCUGGCGGUCGGCAGCACAGACAAAUGCGCCGUCGUUUUCCCCACCGACGAGCGAGUUAUGCGCGAACACUGGGACACCCAGAGCCACCUGCCCGUUUCUGACACCAUUACGUCCGACGCUACAGCAAUGUCCAACUCGAAGCUAUCUGCGGGUGGCCAAGUCCCCAUCAUCCGCAACGGAACGCCCCUCAUCCGCGGUCACCGCCGCGAGGUCACGGGGCUGAGCUGGUCCAACGAGGGCAAACUCGUCACCAUCUCGGACGACUACAUGGUGCGCCACUGGCAAGAGGGCAACGACGACAGCUCUGGCGGCCGCGACGCGUGGGACCUCCGUACCGGCGGAGAGUUUGGUGGCAACCGGCACAUGGCCGGGUGGGCCGACGUUGCGGACGACUGGGACGAGGACUGUGACUCGCACUCCGAGUGCUGA